GUCGACGACGGAAACAAGGUCCCCCUGCACAUCAACAUUUCCAGAGCCAUGUACGCCACCGCCGAGUCGCGGACGUGGAAGUUCAUGAAGGCCGUCGCAGUCAAGGAACACGUGACGUCGCUCAACUUCGUCGCGUUCAUCCUGGCGUCGGGCCUCGCGAUCUGCAUGUUUGUCUUCCUUAGCUCGACGCAAGGGUUUGUCUUGAACCAAAUAUUGCACAUCGACCUGGCCGUCAUUGGCAACAUUUCGGGAAACCUCACGCUCUUUGACGAGUGCAUCUCGCUUAUCAUGGUGUCUGUGUGGGGCGUCUGCAGCGACCGGUGGGGACGCCGCGGAAUUUACGGCGCGGGGUUUGUCCUCAUGGGCGUUGGCCUCGCGUUGUACCCGUUUGCGACGGCGUUGUCCCCAUACUUGAUCGUGUAUCGUGGCAUUUUCGCCAUCGGAGGCGCCGCAACGUCAUCGAUGCUCACUGCGGUGUUGGCCGACUACUCGUCGGAGAAGGACCGCGGCAAGGUCAGCGGCAUGGUCGGCCUCAUGUCUGGGGUGGGGGCUCUCCUUGCGGUCUUUGUCUUUUUGCGCUUGCCCGCCAAGUAUGUGGAUCAAGUUCACGGCCUGCGUUUUACGUACAGCGUCGUGGCGGGCAUCUGCGCGGUGUUUGGCGCCUUUUUGUUCCUUGCCCUGCGGCCUAAACUCUUGACGGACCCUGUCACGAUGACACUGAUUCCAUCCGCGGACAACAGCAGUGCUGCAGAGACCAACGCCUCCACUGCGCACGCUGCCCAGCCCGUUGAUCGAUCCAAGUCCGUGUCGUUCUGGAGUGGCCUUCGCGCCGGAAUCGCCGCUGCCAAACACGGCAAAGUCCUCUUGGGCUACAUUGGCAGCUUCCUCGCCCGCGGCAACACGAUCAUCAUUACCAUCUACCUGCCGCUGUGGGUGUACAAGUACUUCGUGGACAACAAGCUGUGUGCGUCAGCGAAUGCGGACUCGGACACAAUCAAGACGGACUGCCGGGAUGCAUACAUUCGCGCGUCCGUCUUGAGCGGCGUCGCGCAAACCGCGGCGAUGUUGGCAGCUCCAUUGUUUGGCUAUCUUGGGGACAAGUUGUACCGCCCGCUCGUGGUGCUCUUGGCCACCGUCCUCGGCCUGGCGUCGUACUUGUGGCUCUUCCUAUGCACGGAUCCGCUAGCGAGCGUGAUGUUCGUGGUGGUCGUCCUCGUUGGCGUUGGUGAAAUGGCGAUCGUCGUGUCGUCUUUGUCGGUCGUGACGUCGAAAGCCAUCCCGACCCAUCUCCGGGGAUCCAUCAGUGGGGCGUACUCUUUCUCGGGAACGAUCGGGAUCAUGGUCGCGUCCAAGCUCGGCGGGUACUUGUUCGACGUGUGGCAGCCCACCGCACCGUUCUUUGUCAUGGCGGUGGGCAACUUGGUUGCGGUCGUCGUUGCAGUCGUUGUCCUGUAUCGGGACUUCGUUGCCGUCAAGGCAAAGGACCCGAACGCCGCGCAAGGCUGGGGCGGACUCCACCGAGCCCUCAUGCACCACCAAAACACUCUGGACGAAUUGCGGUUGGAAUAAUGUUAACAUGGAUUCGACUUUCGUUUUCA